UUAAGGUAUAAAUUACGAAACGACACCGUUCAACAGAAACCGACAUUGACCUGACAGUUUCUUACGCCGGCGAGCGAAACUUUUACAGAGCUAGACGAAGAAGACAACUUCCUUUUGUUUCACCUGUGAGUCUGCGACCAUGGCUAUGCAAUCUGGAAUUGGGUUAUCGAAGAUUCUGAUUUUAGCUGGAGCAGGUUAUACAAGUACGAUUCUGAUUAAGAAUGGGAAGAUGGCAGAUAUUUUGGGUGAGCUUCAGGCUUUGGUUAAGAGAUUUGAGAAAUCUGGAGAUCAUGUAGAUGAUGAUUCUGAUGCUAUGACUACUCAGAUGCAACGAUUAGCAAUGGAGGUUCGGCAAUUGGCUUCGUCGCGGCAGAUAACUGUUAUGAAUGGAGCUCAGGGAGCUGACUUUACACCGUUUAUAGUCCCGGCAGCCACAUUGGGAGCUUUAGGCUAUGGCUAUAUGCGCUUCAAGGGGAUUUCAUUCUCUGAUAUCAUGUGUGUAACUAAGCGGAACAUGGAAAAUGCAGUGUCGAACUUGACAAAGCAUUUGGAUACCGUUUCAGAAGCUAUCUCUAAUGCUAAGAAGCACCUGAGCCAGCGGCUUCAGAAGGUGGACGAUAAGCUGGACUUGCAGAAGGAUCUCUUAAAGGGAGUCCAGGAUAAUGUGGGUUUGGCUCUUGAGGAUCUUGCUAACAUUGGAGAUGAUUUUGACGCAAUGCAUAGCAUCUUUGGUGGUAUGGGUGGAAAAUUAGAUAGCAUUGAGUACAAGCAGAAUAUUGCGAAUAUGGGUUUGAUAUAUCUGUGCGACUCUUUGGGUGGAGAAAAUCACAAGAUGCCGGAUAUAUUGAUGCAGGAGAAGCUUCGGCUUUCAGGGAAGUCAAACACAUGUAUAGUACUUACGAACGAAGAAACUUCAAGCUCAGAGGGUUUAAAAGAAAGCGAUAAGAUAGAGCUACUAGAUGACUGCUAAUUCAGAUGGUACCAAUAUAUCAUCACGGUUUGAGGACAUAAUCUUCCUUUCUUUCAUGAACAGUGACAAAGCCAAGUCUGUCUAAAUCGUUUGUUUCUUACUCUUUUGAAGCAAGAAGGCACGAGUCUGAUAGCCUAAGCGAGACAGCAUUGAUGAGAAUGACCCUGGAUAUGGAUAGAAAGAAGGUAUAGGAUUAAUAGGAGUGAUUAUUAUGUAUUGGUGUUUAGAUUAGUGUCCUUUGAGGCAAGUAAGAAGAUUGAAAAACAAAAAGAAUGUGCUUUUUUCCUUGAAUUUUUUCGCAUCCAACAAAAAUUUGAAACCUA